CGGAGGCCGGCCCAAAUGGAGGCGGGCCCAGGCGCGUCCCGGUCGGGGGCAAGUCGGCGGCGGGCGCCUCCGCGGUGCUGAGAGAGCGGCCGACCUCUAGCCAGCCGGGGCGGAGCUCCGCGAUCCCGGGCCCCUGCUCGCAGAGCGAGGUGGGCGGGAGGCUGAGGAUCAUGGCCAGGGCCGGCAUGGAGCGGUGGCGCGACCGGCUGGCUCUGGUGACGGGGGCCUCGGGGGGCAUCGGCGCGGCGGUGGCCCGGGCCCUAGUCCAGCAGGGGCUGAAGGUGGUGGGUUGUGCCCGCACCGUAGGCAACAUCGAGGAGCUGGCUGCUGAAUGUAAGAGUGCAGGCUACCCCGGGACUUUGAUCCCCUACAGAUGUGACCUGUCAAAUGAAGAGGACAUUCUCUCCAUGUUCUCGGCUGUCCGCUCUCAGCACAACGGUGUGGACAUUUGCAUCAACAAUGCCGGCUUGGCCCGUCCUGACACCCUGCUCUCAGGCAGCACCAGCGGCUGGAAGGACAUGUUCAAUGUGAACGUGCUGGCCCUCAGCAUCUGCGCACGGGAAGCCUACCAGUCCAUGAAGGAGCGGAAGGUGGAUGACGGGCACAUCAUUAACAUCAACAGCAUGUCUGGCCACCGAGUGGUACCCCAGUCCGUGGUCCAUUUCUAUAGUGCUACCAAAUACGCCGUCACCGCAUUGACUGAGGGACUGAGGCAAGAACUUCGGGAGGCCCAGACCCACAUCCGAGCCACGUGCAUCUCUCCAGGAUUGGUGGAGACACAAUUUGCCUUCAAACUCCAUGACAAGGAUCCUGAGAAGGCAGCUGCCACCUAUGAACACAUAAAGUGUCUCAAGCCUGAAGAUGUGGCUGAGGCUGUCCUCUACGUACUCAGCGCCCCCCCACAUGUCCAGAUUGGAGACAUCCAGAUGAGACCCACCGAGCAGGUGACCUAGUUUCCUGUGUGGAGCUCCUCUUCCCCUUACCACCAUGAUUUGGCUCCUGCCGCUGAUUUUGGGUGUUGAUUGCUGGAACCCUGGAGUCUAAUUCUUACUGCACCUACUAGGAACUAGAAAUUUUGUUUGAAGUUUUUAUAUUUUGUCAUUGUUUCCACUACAAAUGUGAAAAAUUGGCUGGGGAAAGGGGGUGGUGUCCCUGGUUGUUUUACCUGUUAACUUGUAUUGAUCCCCUUCUUGGGCUCCUUGGCCUUUGUCCUUCUUUGUCUCUUCCUUUAACCUGGGGAAAAGACAGUGGUCCAAAGGGGGGGGUGUGGGGGAGGGCUUUCUCCUAUCCUCUUGCACCUUACCCCAGCCCCUCGGGCUAGAUGGCAGAGAGAUGCCCUCACUGACCUGAAUGGUUAUUCGGGGCUCUGGGCUGCCUUCUUCCCCUGCCUGCUUCCCUCGCUGUCCCUCUCUCCCCCUUCCAGUUAUCUACCCCGCUUUUGACUUCUCUGUCUCCUAGUGGGGUGAUCACUCCACUCCGGCUAUAGCAGCAGAAUACUAGGGCCUGUCUCCCAAGUGGAUUUCACUAUGAUAAUUAAAAAAGAAAAAUUGUUAACA